GGCCCUGGAAUCUCCUCCCUUAAAGUUAAAAGCAAAAGGAAUGACAAGGGUGUGAUUGUAAAGCGCAGAGUAAGAGACAGUUGUCUUGAGUUUUGGAAAGAGCUUACAUUAUCUGUCCAGUGAGUCACAGAGCUCGGAGGUGAAGUUACAAAAUGAGCAGGUAUACAUCAUCCAAGAGCACCACUCUCCUGAAAGAUAACAGCUGGAUCAGAAAAACAGAUGAUGAGGAUGAAGCCAUCGACCGAGACCCAAACUUUGCCAAAUCUGUUCUAAGCCACUACAGAUCCAGUGAAACCCUUGUCAGCCCAAGCAGUCCAGCUGAAGAGACUAGCACUACCAAACCAAUCCGCACAUCCACAUCUGUGCAGGCUCUCACAAAGAGAUUCAGUGGGAGUCAGGAUGAGCUGACAGGCAGCACCCUCCCUUCCAGCAAGACCACAUCAUCCUACACCAAAAGCUCAUAUUCAAGCCUGAAGUCAGAUUCUCCCAAGAGCACUACAACCACUGCUGUGACCAAGGAUGGAACUACUGACACCACCAUCAAAACCUCCCAGACUCUUAGAUCUCCUACCACCCAGACAUUCAAUGAGCGGGUCAAGUCUUCAAGCAAAGGGCCACAAUACACAACCUACUCACCUACCAGAACAACCAAAGUGACAGAGCAAACUGUUACCACCAAUAAAGAUGCUGAGGACAAACUUUAUGACUCACUCAUCCCCUCGUCCAUCAAGGGUGACGAGACAGACAGCAAAACAACUGUCUCCACUACCGAGACUGUGACAGUGAAAAGCAGCGCUGACACUAAUGCGGAGGACAAACUCUAUGACACUCUCAUCCCCUCAUCUGUCAAGGAUAACAGCAAAACAACUGUCUUCACUGAGACUGUGACAGUGAAAAGCAGUCCUGACGGAGAUGGUAUUAAAACUACAACCACAACAAAGACGUCAUCUACUGCUGAGGAUGAUCUGUAUGACACCCUCCUGCCUAAAUCCAUUACAUCUAAUCUCUCUUCACCCAUCAGCACCAGCAUCAGAAGGAGAGAGAUAGUGGAGAGCAGCAUAGGAGGAGAAAGCCCAACUCUCUCAUCGCCAUCCUCCACCACCAGAACCAUCAGCUACAGCUCAUACACUGAUGAUAGUCCAACCCGCACCACCUCCUACACCAUCAGCAGCAAGCCCAGUUAUGAGUACAGCAGUGUCACAAGCCCCACUUCCUACUCCACAUCAUCAUCAUACAGGAGGAGCUGGUCGGAUGACACUCUGAAAGAUCCAGUCUACUCCAAGUCCUCCACGAAGAGUGUGUACGCAUCCCCUGAAAGGACAGUGCUUGAGAAGGACCUGUGCACCUACUGCCGAAAGCCUUUCACCGGAGAUGCCAAGAUGGUCCUGGGUGACAUGAGGAUCAACUGUCACGCUUCCUGCUUUAAAUGUGAGAUGUGUAACAGCACCCUGGGUCAUAUGAAAGCUGGGGACAGUCUGUGGGUCUACAAACAGAUGGUGUACUGUGAGAACUGUUUUGAAGUCACCAGAGAAAAGUGGAGACGCUGAGUUUUCUCCAAACCUGAACUGGAGGCGUAGGCAUGUCAUUAAGGACAAAAAUGUCUUACUGUUUAUCAUUGUGUUUUGGGUGACAUGGGUCCAACUGUACUAAUGUUUUUACAAGCUGACAAAGCUUUGUCUGGGUGUUUUGAAAGAUGACAAAUGUGUUACAUUAUUAGUUACAUUACAAAUAUAAGUUUUAGUAACACACUAUUAGAGCUCGUUGUGACUGUGCUGUUGACGUGAUAUUGCUGUCUCUCUAUGCCUUACCCCUUUCACAAAUCUCAAAAAGCAUUUCUGAUAUUCUUUUGUAGCCUUCAGGGGGACUUUUGUGUGUAACGUGAUAGAGAUAUUGUAAUAUUUAGGGCCGGGGGCUUUUUGUUUGUGCAAUAAAGGCACUGAUUAUAUCUUGAUCUGAAAGAAUUGCUAAAAAUGUGUCCUUUUGUGUUUAGUUGCCCCUUUUAUUUGUUGAUAUCAUUAUUUACUCUUUAAUUAUUUGUGACUAUAUGAACAAUGGUGAUCUUAACCAGUACUUUAUCUUUGCAUGGUAAACUUUAGCAGUACUUGAACAAAAAAAAACAACAACUUUGAGUCCAGCUCUGUAUCAGCUUUAUAGGUCUGAACAUGCCGUGUGUAUGCAAUAGAGAAAGUGACGCAAUACUAAAAACUGUUCCUUAAUUCGUCCAUGCUUUGUUAUUUUAUAUUUAUUUUUGUGACUCCACAACAAGCGCGGACCAAACAUGAAAGCAACUGACGUACAAAACAUAACCAUAACUUUCAGGAUUCAUAAUGACUUUACUCCCUAAGACAGUCUGAAAUGUGAAACCUUGUGUUCUUCCUUGUCCCAGAUUUUCUGAAAACGUUCGUAUACAUGACCUGUUCAAUGCAGACAUAGCCAGAGUCACAUCUGUAACGCACAAUAAUCAGACAAAGGUGAGAACAUAUAAGUGUAACACAUACACCUCUGUGAUAAAAAAACAAAAGAUCAAACUUUAA